AUGGCCGCAUUUAGAAUGGCUUUGGAAGCGUCGCGGUCGCGUUGCGGCUGGCUCGAUGCCAUUCUGCGUGAACCGUUUCAGGUCGGCUGCAUUUUGGAGGUUCCGCUGCGCAUAAAGUUCUCCGGUUCGGGGCUGCUUCGAAAUUGCGCCCGACCGGAAGCGAUUUGCGCUUUGGGGUCUUGGAAAUGAUGAAGACCUAACUGCAAUGUAUCGAGUCCUACGAAAAUUUUGAAAAAAAAAAAUUUUCUUUUCGCUUUUUUUUUUUUGAAAUUAGGACUCUAGCCGCAGCGCAACCGCAACGCGUCGAGCCAUUCCAAACGCAAUCAAAUAAAGUCCCAAAAAUCUCAGCCAACCUAAUAAUGAUUGAAUUGUAUUACCUAGGGUGAUAAUCAUCAUUUUUUUUUCGAUUUUUCAAAAUUUUUAUUCCUCAUUUGGAUGUUGCCUUAACAUUCCUCCCUUGAAAAUUUACCAUUUUCUCAAGAUUUUAAUACCUUUACAGUUUUGUUCUUUCAUUUUGCCUCACUCAUCAUAUUCCUCGCAUUUUUUUCUCUCAGAUUGUUUUCCUGGUAUCGAAAAAUGGAUAAUCAAGAACCGAAGCCGGUUUUUUCGAUUUUUUGUUUUCGAACUUUCUCAGAUGUUUCCGGGUCUUAAAAUGUGCACUGGGCACUCAUUUUUUCCUCCUCUUUGAUAUUUACCCUUUUUGUUGAUGCCUUGUUGAACCUCAGAACAAAAUAAAAAUUUAUUGAUAUUUUUCACGGAAAAGGUGUUGGAGAACGUCGAAAGCUCAGCUUGAUAUUCGUUGAAAAAAAAAAUGAAAGCUUAAUUUGGGGAACAUUUUUAGAUUUUAUAUUUUUCUGAAGCUAUUGAUCAUUUUUUUGGGAGUUCUACUCAAUUUAAAUCUUCCUUGGAGGUACUCGAAGUAACUUUGAGCAUUAUUUAAAAUAUCCAAACGAAUUUAAAGAAAUUUUUCAACUUCACACUGAAUUACCUCCUUUUCGAGGGCUUUAUAGUCUAUUCCACGCCAGCUUGUCACAUUUUUCUUCCCGCCAAAAUGACCGUAUACCAAAUCAGAUCAAAUGUCUGCUUUCAUAACGACAAGAAACAAAGGUCUUGAAGCGAAAGUUGGCUGAAUUUGACCUGGCCUUUUGGCGGAAAGAAAAACGUGACAAGCUAGCGUGGAAUGGCCUAUACAGGUUUUUUUGAAGGUACGCUUGAAUUAUUAACUCUUGAUGUUACUAAUAAUUAUUUUUCAUAAUUAAAGUUUUUUUGCCCGACUGUUAUGGGUCAAAAAUCUUGAAAAAAAUACGAAGAUGCCCGAAAAAAACACAAUUUUUUUAUGGUUCAGAAGCUUCCAAAUCAAAGAGUUUUUCAUUUAUAUUAAUUGAGGUAUUUUUUUAAAGUUCUGGUGAAAUUUUAGCGACUACUCAGAACUUUAUUUGGUUCAUUUUUACUUCGGAAAAAAAGCCAGUUUGAGCCUUUUUUUUGGAUGAAUAUCGUAAAUGCGUUUACCAAGGACAGUAAAUAAUACAGAAUUUCAAAAAUAAUUUGGAAAUUUUUUUGAUUGAAAGGAUAUUACGAAGGUUUUUCAUGAGGAAAAGCUAAUUUUUACUCGAAAAAAAUUUGAGCCAUUUACCAUUUUUCGGACAAAGACGGUAAAUUCCGUUAACCAAGACACUGGUAAAUGGUCUUAUUUCACUCAAUAAUUUGCAAAAUGUGUGAAGCCCUGUAUGAAGUCUCUCAGUAAUGAUUUCGUAUGAGGAAAAGCUCAUAAAAAAGCAAGUUUGGACCAUUUACCGUUCUUGGGGGAGUACGGCAAACGAAUUUACCGACUUCUUACCUUCCAUAAAACCUUUAUUUAUUUUUGAUUCCGUUAUUCGAAGCGAUUCAAAGGCUCUAGGGAAUUUCAAGGAAUUUCAACUGACCACGAGCCUCUACUAUCGAUUUUUGGAAACAAGGAUGGAAUUCCAGUGCAUUCUCAGAAUCGGCUUGUGCGUUGGGCGAUCAUCUUGCUUGGCUACCACUUCAAAAUUGAAUACAUCAACAUCGAAAAAUUCGGACAAGCCGAUGCCUUGUCGCGAAUGAUGCAACAAGGAGAAAAUCUUCAAGAUGACGACGUUGUCAUCGCGAAAGUUGAAGUGGAAGUGCAAGAAGUGCUGAAAAACAGCCUUCGUCGACUACCUUUGACCAGCGCGGACGUCCGAACUGAAACUAGUAAGGACAAGGAUCUUCAGAAACUCACCAAAUUUGUGAACUCUGGAAGUUUUCCGCAGAAGGUACCCGAAAAACUGAGAUCUUUCUCCUCAAAACGAGAAGAAUUGAACGUAGUCGACGGCUGUUUGAUGGUUGGCGAUCGAGUCGUCAUCCCUGAAAAGUUGAGAGGAGAAGUCCUCAGGGAGCUCCACUCUUCUCAUGCUGGAAUGGAUCAUAUGAAAAGAAUUGCCAGAUCAAUCGCUUCUUGGCCUGGAAUCGAUAUGGAUUGCGAGAACUUUGUACGAAGUUGCAGGACUUGCAGCUUGAACAGCAAAACUCCUCGAAAAGUUCCUUUGCAACCAUGGCCAACACCAGAACGGGUUUGGCAAAGAAUUCACAUCGAUUAUGCUGGUCCAGACCAAGGACAAUGGUAUUUGGUGGUGGUGGACGCGAAGAGCAAAUUUCCUGAAGUGAAGAUUUGCCAGUCAAUUUCAGCUACCAAUACUGUCAAAGUUCUGAAAGAAAUUUUCGCCAGAAACGGUUUCCCGGAAACCUUCGUAUCUGACAACGGUACGCAGUUCACGUCCCAACUGUUCGUCGAAAUGUGCCAAAGUGGAAACAUUCAGCACAUCAGAACUGCUCCAUAUUGUCCGCAAUCUAACGGCCAAGCCGAAAGAUUCGUCUAUACGCUGAAAAGAGCUUUGAAGAAGCUUCAAAAGGGGGAGGAGAAGAUAUCGGAAGAAAUUCUGAACGAAUUCCUCAUGCGGUAUCGCCGCACUCCAUUGGAAGUAUUGAAAGGGAAGUCAGCCGCCGAAAUGCAGAUUGGGCGACAAAUAAGAACGAAAAUCGAUUCCCUGAAACCUCGAGAUCCAGAAACUCCUUCUUGGUCAAACGACCAAAGGAAAAUGAAGAAUUGGUUCGACGAAAAGUAUAGCACGAGAUCUCGUGAUUGUUGGUCAGCAGGUGAUGGCAAAAUGUCACACUGCCAACUCAUGGACGUGGGAGCCAGGCUUUAUUCUGAAAAAGUCAGGAAAAGUCAACUACGAAGUUGACUUGGGUGGUUCGACAUGGCGUUUUCAUGCGAACCAGCUGAGACGCGACUGUUCUGAACGAGAACAAGAAAAUCAGCUCGAUUCGUGACUAGAUGUUCUGCUAGACACCUACGAAGUUCUUCCAACGACUGUGCUCCCGCCGACGAUUGUUCCGAUGCCGCCGUGCACAGCUCCAGCAGCACCAGCCGCAACAACAACAGCAGCUCAGUCAACAACGACUACGGUGCCACUGAACGUCUCCGCACAGCAGCCACUCGCAGCCGUACCUAUGGGUCCAGUCAAUCCGCCAGCAGCGCCGAGAAGAUCUUCACGACAGCCGAAGCCUAUUAAUCGUUUUGACCCUACUCCGUGA